AUGCUUGACCAUUCCGGCUCCAGGGUGUCUAAGACCAUGUCCAAGGGCUGCAUUCAGGGUUCGACCUGUGGCCCUCACCUAUGGAAUAUUAUCCUCGAUGAGCUCCUGGAAAUCGAGCUGCCUCCGGGCUGUCAACUCCAGGCCUUCGCGGACGAUGUUCUGCUGGUUGCAUCAGCGAAAACCGCGUCUGAUUUGCAGGUUAACAUUAACUCUGCACUUCACACAAUCACCGGCUGGGGCAAAGGAGUCAAGCUCUCUUUUAGCCCCGCCAAGACACAGGCUUUAGCAUUCAGCGCCAAAGCCAAACAAAUACUCAUCACCAUGGACUCGCACACAAUUCACUUCCAGAAGAGCAUCAAGUUCCUUGGUGUGAUUCUGGAUGAUAAACUUAACUUUCGCGAACACAUCAACCACAUCGUCUACAAAGCAACAAAAAUUUUCAACAGACUCUCCUUCUUCUGCAGACAUACAUGGGGGGCCCACCCAGAAAACAUACGCAUUAUAUACUUGCAGGUGAUCCAGCCUAUCAUUACAUACGCAGCCGGAGUGUGGGGACAUGUGGCCGAUAAGAAGUGCGUGAGGAAGAAACUCCUGUCUAUGCAGAGAGCCUUCGCCCUAAAGGCCAUCAGAGGAUUCAGGACAGUGUCCACCUCUGCUGCUCUCGCACUCGCCCUGUUCACCCCCUGGAUCUUAAGGUCAAAGAGGCGAACCGGGUCGAAGCUACGCGCCUCACCGGCUCGUCCCCACUACUUCCGGCUCACAUCACACUGGAGUCUCCAACUCCUCCACAUCUUCUCCUUCAUCCAGCCCACAGACAUACAUACGACUCACACACGUUCUGGACCCAAAACGAGGUCCAGGAAUUUCAGUCAAGAGCUCACCCUAACACCACCCACACCUUCACCGAUGGGAGCAAACUUGAGGAUGGCUGAGCUUCUAGCCAUCCUAAAAGCUUGCGAAUGGGCCUCUUCCAACCAACAUACACGCACGGUUAUUUAUUCAGAUAGCAGCGCUGCCAUUCUCGCCAUCCAGAACCGCAGCAACACACACCCCUUGGUUGCGAAAAUACACUCGACAGUACACCACACGUCCGGGUCCAUCGAGUUCGCGUGGGUCAAGGCCCACGUGGGCAUAGUGGGGAAUGAGGCUGCAGACACCGCUGCCAAGCGGGCGGCUAAGCUCCACAAAGCCCCGGACUACACACAAUUUCCCAUCACCUUUAUAAAACACUAUACACGAUCACUCCACGCCUCAGUCUGGCAGUCUCGAUACGAGAGCGAGCCACAAGGACAACACACUAAACAACACCUCCCUACAAUUAAACACAUCAUUAAAUUACACUCACUUGCUCACAACACAUUCACACUUACCCAGACACUUACAGGACACGCCUACACAAAACAAUAUUUACACAGGGUUAAGGUCACGGAGGAUGCUGUCUGUCCGUGCGAUGGCACCACGGUGCAGUCAAUGGGUCACGUGCUCGAGGACUGCCCGCGGUUCAUCGCCCCGAGAUCCGACCACCAGAUUAUCUGCAGCCACGCCGGGGUCUCUCCGUUCAACAUGGCCUCCCUUCUGGAGGACAAAGAAGCAACCAUAUCCUUCAUUAAAUUUUCCGAAUACAUUAUCAACCACCUCAAAGCUUUUAACAACACUUAA